AGGAGUGCAGCGGCAGCCUCGGAGGCGGCGGCUACGAAGCUGUCGGCGGCCGCUCCCGGUGACUGAAAGCCGCGGCGACAGAGGCCGCCGAGCCCGCCUGGCGAGCCGGCGAGCUGAGUGGCGAACCUUUUUGAGCAGAUAGUCACCAUGUUCAGAUAUUAGUAAACACAUAUGUGUAUGUCUGCAAUUGAAAAUGGCAGAAGGAAACAACAAUGAAGAGGUAAUUCACUUGAACAACUUUCACUGCCACCGGGGACAAGACUGGAUCAAUCUCAGAGAUGGACCCAUCACCAUAUCUGACUCCUCUGAUGAGGAAGGGGUUCCCAUGCUUGUCACCCCAGCUCCUCAGCAACAUGACGAAGAGGACCUGGAUGAUGAUGUCAUCCUGACGGAAACAAAUAAACCUCAGACAUCACGACCCAAUCUCAUCAAACCAGCUGCCCAGUGGCAAGAUCUCAAAAGAUUGGGAGAAGAAAGGCCUAAAAAGUCUAGAGCAGCCUUUGAAUCAGAUAAGAACGGCUAUUUUUCAGUGUGUAAUAGCUCAUUGUUUGAUUCUGGGGCACAGGAUGAUUCUGAGGAUGACUACGGUGAAUUUCUGGAUCUUGGGCCUCCUGGAGUUUCAGAAUUCAUUAAGCCAAGUGGCCAAACAGAAAGAGAACCCAAACCUGGACCAAGUCAUAACCAAGCAGCAAAUGACAUUGUCAACCCCAGAUCAGAGCAGAAAAUCGUUAUCUUGGAAGAACGUGGCCUUCUUUUACCAGAAGGUGAUCUUUUGGACUCUCAGAACCAGUCAUCUGAUUCAGAGACAGAGCUUUUAUCAAACCUUGGAGAAUCACCUGGUAUCCUGGAUGAUCAGGUCAUUGAAGAAGGCUGCUGGUUAGAUCAUCGUUACUUCCAGUCCCUAAACCAGCAGCCCCGAGAGAUAACAAACCAGGUUGUUCCUCAGGAGCGGCAGCCCAAAGCAGAACCGGGCCCAUUGUUGUAUCAGCGCGAACACCAAGUUCUGGCUUUUCCAAGGCCAGCUUUUCCAAGACCAGAACCCCAACAGGAUGGGAUUCCAGGCCCCUCUUCUCCACAGCCUGCCCAUCCUCUGGGAGAGCUUGAAGACCAGCAGUUAGCAAUAGAUGAUGAGGAGCCCGGGCCAGCCUUUCCCCUACAAGGAUCUCAGGAGCCCAAUUUGGAAAACCUUUGGGGGCAAGAAGCUACUGAGGUAGAUCAAGAACUCGUUGCACUUUUAGUGAAAGAAACAGAAGCAAGAUUUCCAGAUGUUGCAAAUGGGUAUAUUGAGGAGAUAAUUCAUUUGAAGAAUUAUUAUGAUUUGAAUGUACUUUGUAAUUUUCUUCUGGAAAAUCCAGAUUAUCCAAAGAGAGAAGACAGAGUCAUUAUCAACCCCAGUAGCAGCCUGCUCGCAAGCCAAGACGAGACCAAGUUGCCUCAGAUAGACUUUUUUGACUAUUCUAAAUUGGCUCCUCUUGACCAGCGCUGCUUCAUCCAAGCUGCUGACCUCCUGAUGGCCGACUUCAAAAUGCUCAGCAGUCAGGACAUCAAGUGGGCCCUGCACGAGCUCAAAGGACACUAUGCAAUCACCCGAAAGGCCUUUUCUGAUGCCAUUAAAAAAUGGCAGGAGCUAUCGCCAGAAACCAGUGGAAAAAGAAAAAAGAGAAAAGAAAUGAAUCAGUACUCUUACAUAGAUUUCAAGUUUGAACAAGGCGACAUAAAAAUAGAAAAGAGGAUGUUCUUUCUGGAAAAUAAGCGGCGACAUUGUAGGUCCUACGACCGGCGUGCCCUUCUCCCAGAUGUGCAGCAAGAGCAGGAGUUCUAUGAGCAGAAAAUCAAGGAAAUGGCAGAGCAUGAAGACUUCCUGCUUGCCCUGCAGAUGAAUGAAGAACAGUAUCAAAAGGACGGCCAGCUGAUCGAGUGCCGCUGCUGCUACGGGGAGUUUCCAUUCGAGGAGCUGACGCAGUGUGCGGAUGCACACUUGUUCUGCAAAGAGUGUCUCAUCAGAUACGCCCAAGAGGCUGUCUUUGGAUCUGGGAAGUCAGAGCUCAGCUGCAUGGAGGGCAGUUGUACGUGUUCAUUCCCAGCCAGUGAACUGGAGAAGGUGCUUCCCCAGACCAUCCUAUAUAAAUACUACGAGCGGAAAGCGGAAGAAGAAGUGGCUGCCGCAUAUGCCGAUGAGCUUGUCAGGUGCCCCUCCUGUAGCUUUCCUGCCCUGUUGGACAGUGACGUGAAGAGGUUCAGCUGUCCCAAUCCUCGCUGCCGAAAGGAAACCUGUAGGAAGUGUCAGGGACUCUGGAAGGAGCACAGUGGCCUCACCUGUGAAGAGCUGGCUGAGAAGGACGACAUCAAGUACCGAACAUCUAUUGAGGAAAAAAUGACAGCAGCCCGCAUCAGAAAAUGCCACAAGUGUGGGACUGGCCUCAUCAAAUCCGAAGGCUGCAACCGCAUGUCCUGCCGCUGUGGUGCCCAAAUGUGCUACCUCUGUCGGGUAUCUAUCAACGGAUAUGACCAUUUCUGCCAGCAUCCUCGCUCACCAGGAGCCCCUUGCCAGGAGUGUUCGAGAUGCUCUCUCUGGACCGACCCCACCGAAGAUGACGAGAAGCUAAUUGAGGAGAUCCAGAAGGAGGCCGAAGAAGAGCAGAAGAGAAAGAACGGAGGCAAGCGCUCCCCCAGCACGGGCCCCCGCCAGCCACAGUCCGUGUGCGCGGGGGAGGGGGGCCUUCACAGCCGGCCCUCAGAGAACACCUUCAAACGCAUCGGGCCCCCCUUGGAGAAGCCUCCGGAGAAAGUCCAGCGGAUCGAAGCCCUCCCGAGGCCCGUCCCGCAGAACCUGCACCAGCCCCAGAUCCCACCAUACGCCUUCGUGCACCCGCCCUUCCCCCUGCCGCCCGUCCGGCCCGUGUUCAACAACUUCCCCCUCAACAUGGGCCCCGUCCCGGCGCCCUACGUGCCCCCCCUGCCCAACGUGCGCGUCAACUACGACUUCGCACCUGUCCACGUGCCACUGGAGCACAACCUGCCCAUGCACUUUGGCCCCCAGCCACGGCGCCGCUUCUGACCACCCGCCGCCUUGUCUCCUCCGGGGAGCCCACCACGCUCCCAAGGCCGUACCUUUCAAAAAGGCGUGAUGGACUGGGCUCUCGGAAAGAUGGGCUGGGUUUUUUCCUGCUCCUUCCUGGGAAGGGCCACUGCCAUUUGGAGAGUUGUCAGCAGGCCAAUGCCCUCGAGCACCUGUAACAGGUUCAGUCUGGCACUUGCAGGGCCGAAGAGACGGGGGCAGGAAAACCUCCCCCGAGAGUUCCACCGCCCUAGUGGCUGGUGCAGGGACCCUCCCCAGCGGGCAGCCCAUCUCUGCUGUCAGUCCUGUCCCUUCCAGGACCAGGGCAGCGUCUGCCUCCGCCCCUCUCCCAGCCACCUACACAAGUCUCUCACUUAACCACGGAGGCCUUCCUGACCGCGGUGCAGCCUGAAGCAUCAUAAAGCUGCCGCGACAACAACUGCAGAUUGCAGAGGGCCAGGCUGCCCAACCCACGUCCUGGAAGCCAGGCUCUCUUCUCCUACCGGCCCCCCCGCCCCCAUACCGCAGCCCACCCGGAGAGAGGCAUGGCCUGCUGCCUUGGGCCCAUCAGGUGGUGCAGGGCCACGUCCCCAGACCUGGGAGUGCUGCUCAGAGUGGGGUGGCUGCAGGCUGUGUCCCCCAAAUCCAGAAGCCCAGGCCACCACCCCCGUGACUGUUCAGGGCUCUCUCUUCUUGCCCUUGGCCCAUUCAGUUGAGACCACAGAGAGCUGUCUCGUGCUGUCUGUUCUGUUCUGUAGUUUAAAAUAUUUGCCAUUUACUCACUUUGAACUUACUGAGUUUUCUGUGGCCUACUAGAGUUUCUCUUGCUCCGUCUCUGAAAAGUCCAGUCUGUUACCCACGCCAGGCAGCCGGUGAGGGCGGGACAGUCCUGACACUCGCCAGACAGAACAUCUUUAUGAAGCAGCUCUGACAGGCUUGGUGGCCCCCCCCAGGCAGCCCAGCUCUCGGGAGCCUCCUUCACCACCAGCCUGGCAGCGAGCACCUUCUACCCUGAGGUCUGGCGGUGGCAGUGGUUUUCUGCAGGGGGACAAAUGACCCAGGCUCCACCGGCACCCAUCCACGUGGUUGGGGGGGGCCUGCCUGCUCACCACUGGGCAGCCCUUCCCACCCCGGCCUGUGUAGAGAAGCCCCGCCCAGCUCCCCGGGCCUGGUCUCUGUUGCUGUCACUGUAUCUCUGAUGGCUGUGGGGUUCCCAGCCUGUAUGCACAGGCCUCAGAAAGCAGGGUGAGCCUCACGGCCGGACCCCUGUCUCCGUGGGGCCCGUGUCCCUGGGCCAUGCGUCAUGCACGGUCAUCCACUGCCAUGAAUGUCUCCUGUAUUUCAAGGGUUAAAUGGGGAGAAGUCUGCUAAGUUGCCCAUCCUUCCUCCAGGUAGGGGCUUUGCAGACCGUCGUGUGGGCACAGGGUGGGGCACAUGAGGAGAGGUCUGCGCCACCAGGGGCCACUCCCUUUUGGGCUGCCUGCGCCUUGCUGGUUGCCUGAGUGACAGUGCCUUGGGAGACAGUCCCACCGAGGGUGAUGGGUGACAGGAUUGAAGUCCCUUAAAAACAUGUUCCUUAUGCAUCCCCAAGGGAGGGUCUCAGAGAAGUGAGAUUCCCGCAGAUAUCCCACCAAAUGGGGAGGGUGGCUCCAGAGCACACCAGAACAUUCUAGGCCCUGUGAGCCAAUUCAUCCAAGGAGGGAACAAACCAGCCCCCCCUCUGCCCUGUGCCCCAGGGAAGGGGGUUCUGGGCAGCUAAAAGGACAGGCCCCGGGGAGGGGGUCCACCCCCGCCCCCACCAUUCAGCGAGUCCACCGGAACCUGGUGUGCGAGAUUCUGGCCCAGAAAGGGAGAGGCCAGAACAACUGGCUCUUCCCCAGGCCAAACAGGACUUGCCUUUGAGGUGAAUCCUUGCUGUUUCUCACUGUGUGCAGCUGUUAGGAGUCCAUUCCUACCUUUCUGAACGGAGGGUGCCAGGUUUCUAAUGUUCCUCCUGGGGCUGGGCUGUGGCGUGGCUCACCCGCCUGCAGGAGCCCAAUUGCUGUUUGGGGGAUGGUCAUCGCCGCGAGUUCUGACACUAGCAUGAGUCCCCACCUGUCCGUGAAGUAUCCCUCUAGGUGCCUGUACCCUGGAGGACCCCAGGUUUCUUACGAAGCAGUCUGCACUGGUGACGGUUUGGGGGAAAGUGGGCCCUUCUGACAGGCCAGCAGGUGGCUGCAAGGUGUGAUGACAGGGAACCCCCAGAGAUCAGUGGGUCUCGGGGACAGGCAGGAAUCCCAGAGGCGACCUGGCACCUUCCCCUCUCUGGGCCACAGUGUUUGUUCCCCGAAACGAGAGACUGCCCGGCGACAGUCCCGUUCUACUUGCCUUAAACUGGAGAGAGGAAUCUAGUAUUUGCACUUAGCAAAAGAUUUUAAAACUUUAAAAAAAAUGUGCAUGACCUGUCACUUUGUAUAAAAAUAGCAAAAUGAUUAGUUUAUUAAAUUUUUUUCUUUACCUUCCGGUAGUAAAAACACAUAAAAAGAAAUCUGUUUAAACUACUGUGUGUAAAAAGCCUGUACCAUAUGUAACCUGGACUUUUUGUAAAUAAACGUUUGUGCAUUA